GUAUUUUAUUGCCCUAGAAAGCUAGAAAAGCCCCCAAGCGGCGCUGUUAAGGCGUGUGAUUCGGGCUAGGGUUAUUGGAAUGCGGGGCGCGUCAUCGCAGCCGGCAUAGCUUCGUGCGCAAGGUGAGCGGCUGCGACGGCAGAUUGGGGGAUCCGAGCGCCGCGGCAGUGGGAAUUUCUAGGGUUCUUCGCGGGGGGCGCAUGAGCAGGGAUUUGUUAUCCGUGGAGCUUGCAGGAUUGAAGAGUGUUAUAGGACGUUUGGAUUAGCGCCAUCACGAAGAAAAGUGGGUCGCACCAGUUGCCAUGUCUGCGGCUGUUUGUCAGAAGCGGCAUUUUGACGAGCUACACGGGUCUCCUCCAAUCUCGACUCCCCUCUCCAAGAGACGCUGCGGUGGGAAUUCGAAUUCUCCAGUUCGUUUUCCCUCGGCGGCUCCGGUUUUUGGCCGGAGCAGCUCUCCUGGUACCACUGGGCCGAGCUCUCCUUCCUCCUCGUCACACGACAUCUUUCUCCAGCUCAGAGCUUUGUAUCCUGACAUGGAUGGACAGCUUGUCGAGAAGGUCAUUGAGAACUGUGGAAACAAUCUAGACGAUGCCAUCAAAUGCCUUAACGAUUUGCGGCUCUCAAACGAGAGGCCAGCGGUGAGCAGUGCUUCGCAGCACGCGCCAGCAGCGUCGGCCCACCAGCAGCAGGAACAGCCAGCGAGCAGCGAAGGAUUAGAAUGGGUGGAGCUCUUCGUGCGGGAGAUGCUCAGUGCCUCAGACCUCACAGACGCUCGCGUGCGCGCAACCAGAGCACUGGAGUCUUUCGAGAAGGCCGUCACGACUCGAAAUGCCGCUGCAGUGGAAGCCAUCCAAAAGGAGAAUGAAACGCUCAAGGGGCAGCUCCAAGUGAUGGUGAAAGACAAUGGAAUCCUCAAGCGGGCAGUGGCCAUCCAACACGAGCGCUACUCGGCGGAGAUCGACGAGAAGGGGAAGGAGGUGAAGCAUUUGAAGCAACUCGUGACACAGUACCAGGAACAAAUGAGGACUCUAGAGCUUAACAAUUACGCGCUCACCGUCCACCUGAGAAGAGCCCAAGACAACAGCUCCAUCCCGAAUCGCUACAACCCGGACGUGUUCUAAGCAAGCGCAAGCUCGUUCAGCGGAGAUUCUUAUUUUCGUCAGUGCAUAGUGAGAAUAAGAAAAUCUAAAGAGGAUAUUCCGUGCACGUUUUCUUAGCUUGAUUAUUUAAUUGUCUAAAGGAUAAAGAAGCAACACCUUUUAUACUUAAAUUAAAUGUAAACUUUCCAGAUUAAA